ACCGGCUAAAAUUAGAUGCGUCAACAAGUGCCCGAGGAGGCGUCCCUGGAGGGCUCUCCGGCCCUUUAUAAGCUCUGCCUUGGCCGGGGUGGCCCCGCAGUGCCCAAGCGGUGGUUGUGGGCAGCUUCCAGACGGGGCCCAGCAGGUGCCACCCCCCACCUCCCUCCAGAGGAAGCCCGUCUUGCUUCCCCUCCCCUCCCCCCGGAUCGGGGCAGACGGUCUCCUUCCUCCCAGAGACGGCCCCCCUCCCAGCCCACGCAUAACCCCCCCCCAAGUGCUCCCCGUCUCACGGCCGCUCCGUCUUCAUCCUCUCGCCUUCAGCCCAGCCGGGCCCAGCCCAUGGAGAAGGCCCACGGGAUAUUCGGCGAGGAUUUCGGAGGGUUCAUGAGGCCACGCAGCGAGCCCUUGGCGUUCACAGGCCGCGCUGGCAACAUGGGGAACAUCAAGACCUUGGGGGACACGUACCAGUUUGCCGUGGACGUCCGUGACUUCUCCCCCGAGGACAUCAUCAUUACCACCUCGAAAAACCAGAUUGAAGUCCGUGCAGAGAAGCUGGCAGCCGACGGGACCAUCAUGAACACCUUCACCCACAAGUGCCAGCUGCCGGAAGACGUGGACCCGACUUCGGUCACCUCCGCUCUGGGCGUGGACGGUGCCCUGACCAUCAAGGCGAGGAAGCGCCCCGCCCAGCACACGGAGCAUGCCCAGCAGACCUUCCGGACUGAAAUCAAAAUCUGAGUUCCCCGGAGCCUGGCGUGGAGCCGAGGGGCUGCCCUGCCUCGGAGCGAGCUCUCCUUGUACGGAACCGAGGCCUUUGUUUGGCUAUAAAGGAUUGGCCCCCA